AAGCCACGUCGGUGCUACACAUGUCCCCGAUUUCUCCUUCAACAAAAACUAAACAGCUGUUUUGUCCGCCAUUAUAUUAUCUAUCUAUUAAAAUAUCUCUCAAGUUUUAUUCCUUACUCUUAUUACUUCCUAAAUCCGAUCGAAACAACUGGUGGGUUAGUUUCUAAUUUCCAAGAAUGACGCAAGAUCACGACGAGACGGAGAAUAAAACCUACGCCGACGUUGUCGCUGGCGAUGAUGUCGGUGAAAUUGUCAACGGAGGAACGAAGAAUGGUUAUCGUAAACCUGACUCUGUGGAGAAGGAUGAGGAUUUGAAGAGUCUCUAUUCCUUAAUUUGCCUCACGAUCGGUUCGAUUCUGUUCCCAGAUUCGAAAACCGGUGAUGCGUCGUCUUCGUUUCUUGAACGUGUAAGAAACUCCGUCGCCGAAAAUGGGCCCAAGCUUCGAGAAGCUUCUGAAAGAACAGGACGCGAGAUUCUCCUCUGGACUCGUAGAGGCAGCUCCCUUCGUGCUCUGCUUGUAAUCACUAUGGGAACAAUAGUUCUUCUUACAACAAUGGCUUUGGUGGUAUUCACACUCUUCUUUGUAGCUGCAACAGCUAAUGCUAUCAUCAUUUCUCUUCUUAUUUCACUUGCUGUUGCUGGUGGCUUCUUGGCACUCUUCUUUCUCUGCUUGACUGGUGUUUACAUUGGAGCUUUAUCCGUUGCUGCAUUUGUCAUCUCUACCGCUACAAUUUCUGCUGUCGUUUCUGUCUUAAUAGCUUCAGGUUGGAUUGGGUUUUUCUAUGUUGUGUGGUUGGGAACAAGAGGAAGCCUACGGUUGGCGAAACAAUCGGUUUCAGUGGUGGGAUCAGCCAUUUCAGGUAACACUUUCAGUCGUCAUCAACACCAAGACCGGGAGGUAAACAUCGAAUCAUCCAACUGAGAAUCCGUCUCUACCGAGUUUGUAGAUAAAACCCGGGUUUUGGUCUAAGUUUGUUGUUAAUGGAAGCUUGAUAUAUAUAUAUAUGAUCUAAGGAUUUUGGUGUGAAGAAGCAGAAAACGAUAAGAAUCUUUCAAAAUGCAUCUUGAAACAUUUGGUGAUCAAUGUCUGCGGAUUUUUGGAUUUGUGUAUGCAUACAUUUGUGUUUUAUGUACUUAAGAAUGAUCAGUAUACA